AUGCCUACUCUCGAGACACACAACGGCUACGCCCUUUGGCACUACAUCCCCUCGAUAGCGGCAGCCAUCAUCUUCGCCAUCCUCUUCUUCGCCGUUACUUCGUACAACGUCUUCCGAAUGAUCAAGAGUCGCGCUUGGUUUUGCAUUCCUCUCUGCAUUGGCGGUCUUUUCGAGAUCAUUGGGUACUGCGGCCGAGCGUCAGCAUACGAUAGAACCGGCCAACUCCUCCCCUACAUCAUCCAAAGCAUCUUCAUCCUCCUCGGACCGAUCUUGAUGGCUGCGACCGUCUACAUGGUGUCGGGCCGCAUCAUCACCCGCACAAACGGUGAACCGCAUUCUUUCGUGCCAGCACGCUGGCUCACGCGAAUCUUCGUCGGUUCCGACGUCUUCUCCUUCCUCGUCCAGUCGUCCGGCGCAGGCUUGAUGGUGCAAUCGAGCAGCACGAACAUGGGCCGGAUCCUGAUUGUCGCCGGAUUGGUUCUGCAAGUGGUUGGAUUCGGCAUCUUUGUGACCACGGGGGCUCUGUUCUAUGUCCGUAUGCGCAAAGUGCCCACCCGAGCCUCUGUCGAGUACGGCUGUUGGGAGAGGGUCAUGAGAGUCAGCGGCGCCAUGAGCAUUCUUCUGCUCAUCCGAUUCAUCUUUCGCGUGGUGGAGUACGCAAUGGGCAAUGACGGGUACCCGCUACACCACGAGUGGACGCUUUACGUCUUUGACGCCGUGCUGAUCUUUUCGGCGAUGGUGCUGUUUGGCGUCUAUCAUCCUGGGCGAAUUCGGAAGACGAUCGAUGAAACGUCGCAAGAGGAGCUUGUCGUGCGCUAUGGUGAAGCCUUUGACAACAAGAGUCAGCGAGGGCGUUUGGAAGGGUAG